AUGUUCUUGCGUGAGGGCUGCGGGGAGCUCAGGCUAAAACGCCAGGCUGGGCUCCUGCAGUGUUGCGAGGGUGCUCUUUGGCUGGGCGUGCGGUGGAACGUCUCUCCGCCCGGCACACCGUCUCUGCAGCUCUGCUUGAGCGUACUCCUCCCGCCCCCUUCCCAAGCCCUUUUUGCCUUUGUUGUGUCGUAUCCAGAGCACUGCCCUGCGUAUUGCCAAGCUGCUCUUUCAAGUGAGGGGCCAGCUCUGCACUGCGAUACGACAACCCGUGCGCAAUCUCGGUGUGUUUUGUACUCCUCCCCUCAUUACAACGUUCUGCCUUUCGAAGAGGAGGGCGAUUUUGAGAAGUUGUCUCGGAGCGUGCUGGCUGUGCCCUGCCCGCUUUCUCCCGAGCUCCAAGGCAAGCCCGCCAGCUUCGCCACAGCGCGGACCCGGCCCCUGGACGUGCUGUCCUCUCCAGCAGCCUUCUCCCACCGGGCCGCUCUCCCACCGGGGCUGGAACCAAAGCCGCGCUCCGCAGCACGGGGCCAGCGGCCGGCCCGGAGCACCGAGGCCGUCCUCACCCCCCCCGAGCUCGGGAGGAACGGCAGCUCGCCGACGCGAGACAGCGGGACCGGCUUCGGGCAGCGCCUGCACCCACGGGUGUGGUUUCGCCUAAUUUCUGUCAAUUCUUACUGCUCCCAGGUGUUCAAACGCUUCGUCGAGAUCGGCAGAGUUGCCUUCAUUUCCUUCGGGCCGCAUGCUGGCAAGCUGGUGGCCAUUGUGGAUGUUAUUGACCAAAAUAGGGCACUAGUUGAUGGCCCCUGCAGUGGUGUCAGAAGGCAGGCUAUGCCCUUCAAGUGCAUGCAGCUGACUGAUUUUGUACUCAAGUUCCCACACAGUGCUCGUCAGAAGUGUGUGCGACUUGCCUGGGAAAAGGAAAAUAUAAAUGAAAAAUGGGCAGCAACAAGAUGGGCAAAGAAGAUUGAAGCCCGAGAAAAGAAAGCCAAAAUGACUGACUUUGAUCGCUACAAGGUUAUGAAAGCAAAGAAAAUGAGAAACAGGAUUAUCAAGCACGAAAUGAAGAAGCUCCAGAAGAUGUCUUCUAAAAAAGGCAAGAAGCCAGAGAAGUCAGAGAAGGCGCUGAAGUCAGAAAAGGCACCAAAGUCCGAGAAGGCGCCGAAGGCACAGAAGGCGCAGAAAUAAAAUGAACUUCUAGUUAUGUA